GUAACAAAUAUCUGUACUAUAUAUGUCUAAAUUAGUCUCAAGUCGAAACCCAAAAGUUCCGAUUAAAAGCCUCCGGACGGUAGUAACCUUAUCUGAGCCUUAGUUGGAGUUUGAUUGGGAUGUUAAACGCCUGCAGCUGGUCGCUCACGAGGCGGCCAGUCGUACGCAGCAAAUCAGGUGCGAUGAUCAUGCGUGUUCCCUCGACAACCAAAUUCGUGCACAUGCCACGAAAACUCACGACUCAAUAGACGCGCGUUGCUAAAGUAUCAUGAUUGACGAUGAGUUAUCUUCAUAUUUGUAAUUCAUUUAAUAUCUAAAUCAUAUGGAAAAAUAAGAUCAUCUAUUUAUAUUCGAAAUACUAAAUAUUAUUCAUCGUUAUCGAAACUGUCUCAGCCAUCAUGAGACUAAGUCAAUCUACUUUGGCCUUAGGCACGCUCUUCUUACCAGGUGCGGCGGCUUGGGGAAGUUUGGGUCACAUCACUGUCGCCUACAUCGCAUCAAACUUCGUAAAGGACAGCACCACUACUUACUUCCAAGGUAUCUUACAGAACAACACCGAGCAUUAUCUUGCCGGUGUUGCCACUUGGGCCGACAGCAUCAGAUACACGAAAUGGGGGCGUUUCAGCAAGAAUUUCCAUUUCAUAGAUGCGAAGGACACCCCGCCCGACUACUGUGGCGUUGACUUCGAGAGGGAUUGCAAGGAGGAUGGCUGUGUCGUGAGCUCGAUUCAGAACUACACCUCCCAACUGCUAGAUGCAGAGUUAUUUCCAUGGCGCAGGAGCCAGGCGGCCAAAUUCGUGAUUCACUUCGUCGGCGACAUCCAUCAGCCCCUGCAUGUGGAAAAUGUUGCUAUGGGAGGCAACGGAAUCCACGUGAAAUGGGAAUCGUCUGAGUUGAACCUCCACCAUGUUUGGGACUCGAGUAUUGCCGAGAAGAUGUUGGGCGGGAUUCAUAGAAAGCCUUAUGUGGCAGGAUACGCAUGGGCGGCUAAUCUAACCGAGCAAAUUAAGACCGGCAAGUAUGAGUCGGUUAGUCAAUCCUGGGCCGACGGCAUCAGUCUCGAUAACCCUAUCAACACGGCGAUGGGUUGGGCCAAUGAGUCCAACGCUGUUGUUUGCACACAUGUGUUUCCAGAAGGCCCUAAGGCGAUUGUCGGCCAGGAGCUCGCGGGAGAUUACUACGAAAAGGCUGCCCCUGUGAUCGAAAUCCAAGUAGCUAAGGCAGGGUACCGUCUCGCCACUUGGUUAGAUCUCAUAGCCGACAAACUAUCUGAAGCGGUCGUCGACGAACUGUGAGACAAAUUCCUUUUGGAAUAUCACUAUGCUAGAACCCGUUAUUUGUAGAGAUAUCA